AUGACCGCGACAUUUAAUACCACUCCACUAUCACACACAUCUCCCCCACCAGCCUCGCUGAAGAGAAAACGAGCAGAUUCAGAUACACAACCACUUACCCCGCCGCUAGCCGCAAACGAUCCAGAAGGAUCGCGUCUCCUUUCGCGCGCUGUCAACGUGCUCUCGACCGCUGCUACCGCCCUGUCGCAAGUAACCUUCUUGUACGAGUCAGACCAUGUGGCGCGCGAUGGUCUUCUACGCGCUGUCGAGGUUUUAACAAAGGUUAACCAGACCGGCGGCAAGCUCAUAAUAUGCGGAGUUGGAAAGAGUGGCUUAGUGGGGCGCAAGAUGGUUGCGACCAUGAAGAGCCUGGGUAUAGCGAGCUCCUUUAUGCAUGCUGCUGAGGCACUACAUGGGGAUCUCGGUGACAUUAGGAAGAAUGAUGCAAUCAUGUUCAUAUCCUACUCUGGCAAGACAGCGGAGCUCAUGGCCCUCCUCGAGCACAUACCUUCCCACACGCCUAUCCUCGCCAUCACAUCACAUACGAAACCCUCAGAAUGUCCUCUCCUCGACGAUCGACCAAAUUCCAUACUGCUGCCCGCGCCCAUACACGAGCUAGAGGAGGUCUCCUUUGGCGUCUGCGCGCCAACAACGAGUACAACUGUCACAAUUGCAGUGGGCGAUAUGCUGGCAUUGACUGUUGCAGAGGCACUGCAUCAAGACGAGACAAAGACUGUGUUCAGGACGAAUCACCCUGGCGGUGCGAUUGGAGCAAAGUCACGAAGGAUAGAAAGGCAGGAGGAAGAUACCCCGGCGAAGGAAUGCGAUGGGCUGGUCACGCCGCCAGCAACCUGA